UUUGGACUUUAUACCCAGCUCGCUCUUACAGAAUCCAAACGCCACACCGGACAAAAAGAAGAACGCGCUCCGGCGCCGUCAAAAACAGCUGAUCUUUGACGUGGACGAAAAUAAAAACAGUGUAAUCAACCUUUCUGUACAGUUAUCUUUCCACUCAAACGGCUUGCCUAUGAAUUUGGGAUUGUUUAAUCGUAUGAACCUUAAGGACAGCAACGAAAAUAAGGGCAUGUAUGGAGAAUGGACGUCCUUAGGUUUAGUGGUUCAACAAGGAGAACAAGAGGGCCAAAGUGUGUUAGAAAAAUUUGAUUUACCUAUCAGUAAAGAAAUAACUUUGAGUCUGGUAAAACAACUAGCAAGUAAUUUGGGAAUAACUCAAGCUCCUGAGCCGAGCAUUCUUAUUAAUGAUCGAGAUGUACAAUGGAGUAUGGAAGUACUAUGUUUUGGACUGUCUCUAUCGCUUUCAGAACAUGAUGCUAUCAAAGAUUGUGUAAACGUGUAUUGUGAGUGGUUGACAGCUUUGUUGCCCGAACCGAAAAUAUGCGUACCCAAACCGAUUAUCGAAGAUCCAAACAUCUAUGCAAGAAAGAUUAUUUCUCAUUUGCAUUAUUUGUUUGUACCUAGGAAGGGAGAAGGGCCUGAUACAAUACACCGCCAAGCUGUUUUAUGUCACAGAGUUCUAAGAACUCUGCAAGACAUUAGUCACAAAUCAAAAAUCCUCGACAGGGAUACAUGGGAGGCUCUCCUACUCUUUCUCUUAGCAAUCAAUGACAUUCUUCUGUCUCCUCCAACUGUCAAAGAUGACGUAGCGGAUCAGCUGUGUGAAAGGGUGUUGAGUGUACUUUUUGAGAUAUGGUUAAUAGCUUGCGCUCAAUGUUUUCCCGCUCCUCCUCUAUGGAAAACACUGAGGGAGAGUUGCAUGAACUGGAGACAUAGAGUCGCUUUAGUAGAGCAAUGGAAUAGAGUGAACUUAGCUCUAACUUCGAAAGUUUUGGUGUUUAUGUACGGACCAUCGUUUCCUGAACUAAAAAUAGGGGAAGAAGAUUUGAUACCUAAGAACAUGUCAAAUGACUGCAUGGCACAGAGUUGGUAUAGAUUUUUGAAUACCAUAGGAAAUCCAGUUAAUUUAACAAAACCUGAGAUAAUCAGUCAGACGCAGAAAUUUCUACAAUUUGCUAUCAGCACUGAUGGAGUGGUGGAUCCGUGUCAGCAUCCAUGUUUGCAACUUCUUCCUGUCAUUUUUCUCAAGGCCAUUAAAGGGAUCGCCGGUCAAGUUGACGCCUUUUUGGGCAUCGCACCGCCCAUCUGGUGGGACACGAUGGUGAUGGGAACGAGCACGGAGAAAUCGCGCGGCGAGGCACCGCCCCCACCCCUAAUCACCGCCCACUCGCCCACGCCGCCCGCUCAAAGGCGACUGGCCAAAAGUUUUAGCGUUGCACAGUCUUCCGUAUCUAAGGGUAUCCCAAAAUCGUCCCUAAUAGGUCUGACGACAAGUAGAACCUCUGUAGUACCCGUUACAACACCAAAUAGUGGUCCCUCUUCAACAAGCAGUGUUUCAUCUUUGACGUCAUUUGGUACAGAUUCCAAGGUAGUUCUGGCUCCAGGGCGACCAAAAUGUAAUACUAUAUUACAUUUGUUUGGGGAGUGGCUUUUUGAGGCUGCAUUUAUAGGGUGUGACUUAAAUACCCAGCAUAGUCGUCAAUCGAGUGGCUCAUUUAAAAGACCCAACUCUAUGGUUCUGGACAGUACAAAGAGUUCCCUGAGUUACUCACAGCCCAGCUCUCUGUCAGACACUGAGAUGCCUCCCGGAUUGACAAUAGAUAAGUACGAAAGCGGUAAAGCGGAAGCUUUGGGUGCUUUGUGCAGGAUAUUCUGCGCUAAGAAGACUGGAGAGGAAAUAUUACCAGUUUAUUUAGCAAGGUUCUACAUGGCUGUUUUUCAAGGUUUGAAAAGUGCGACGAAUUCUAAAGAAUGUGGAGAAUGCAUGGUUGCCAUUUUAAUGAAUUCUACAGAUAUAUUUAGCUUGGAUUUAGAUGGAGUAAGGACUUUAAUACCUGCCUAUAUAUCGGCUCUUGAAAUCGUUUUGCCUGACAAGGAUUUGAAAAUAAGUGGAAACGUCAACAAAGUUGAACUGCGUAGAGCUGCUAUUCAUCUCUUGCUGUCGAUAUUAGUUUUACCGUUGCACUUUCAAAAUUGCCCUAUUAAGGAACUAGUAAACACAGGAUCAAGUGACAAGGCUGUGUCAUUCGCAGUCCUAAAACCAAAACUAAUGAAUCUACUGAUGAACGCACUGCAAAUAGAAUACGAUCCUCAAAAUACUCACAUGCUGUUAGGAGGACUGAUUCUCUGUGUACAAGAUUCUGCGCUGUAUGAAAUAGCGGAACAUAUAACUCAGCCUGUCAACGAAAGCACAUCAUAUCUUCUGAGCAGCGCUUCUGACACAGCAAGUACCGUAAGCAUGGCUAGCAGUUGUGAUCGUUCAGUUACACCAGAUCAACGCUCAACAUCCGAUAUUGACUCAUUUGCACAAAUAGAUUCCGCACAUGCUCUAUUUGUCAGAGCUACCUACUUGGUAUGUCACAGACUAAUAUCUUCCUGGAAAACAGAUCUCAACGUAUCUCUAGCAGCGUUAGAAUUGCUUGCUGGACUUGCUAGAAUCCACAUAAAAGAAUCAGAUGCAAUGGAAUGCAAAAGGGCUGUAAGAUGGUUGUGUGAUUACAUUAUUUACCAGUGUUCAAGACCACCACCUUCCCAUUCAAAAGAUCUGCAUUCUACGAUUGUGGCGGCUUUUCAGUGUUGUUCAGUGUGGCUCUGUGAACAUCCCUAUUUGUUGAAAGACAAGGACUGUCUACAAACAGUUCUUGAAGUUUGCGAGCUGGGAGUGUCGGGAAGUAAAUCCGUGGGAAAACCAGGCGAACCAAUCAAAAUGAAGGAAGAGAAAGAAUUAAAACCGGCCUCUAUGCGCGUUAGAGAUGCAGCAGAAAAUCUUCUCACUUGUAUUCUGGAACAGGUGGCCUAUUUUCCUAACCAGUGUGGUCCGGAAUCCAUAAGUUCACUACUUAAUGAAAUCUCUUUAUUAAGGCAAUGUAGCUCAUCAAAUGCCAACUACAACGAUCUGUCAAACGCCGUGGAGAAAUUUAGAUACUUUGUAACAGAAGGGUCAGUUAUGUUAGCUCUUUUAGAAGAACCUCUGGGAAAUGAUCAGGAUCCUCAGCCUACCGUGACACUUCUUAUUCGAGGUCCGUUUGGUCGUCACACAUGGACAAUGCAAUUAAGGCACUUACCACGACAUAAGUCAGGUGUAAAGUCGCAUUCUUCCAAUGCUUGUCGUCCUGUUGCUAUGCAGGAUAAUCCUGUCAGACCUCAAGUGAAACAGAAAUAUUUUCCUGAUGGUGUAGACAGAGUGCAACAAUGCCAAGUUGAUCAAUCUAUACCGACUUUGGAAUCCCUUCUAGAAAACAAUCUCUCUUUUAAGGAAGAAACUGAAUUAAUCAGUCAACUGAUCAGUAGACAGGAUACAGUCGAAGCUAAUCUUUAUAAAUUACAGCCUAACACACCUGAGGAAUGCACUCCUCCCCCUGUAUGUCACGAAUUUCAAACAGCUAGACUAUUUUUGAGUCAUUUUGGACUUUUAGCCUUAAAUGAACACGAUACCAAUGAUACAAAUUCGAACUUAGUAGCGUUGGAUAGUAGUCUAGCAGAGUUUUGUAAAGAUCUACAAAUUCUCGAUCAGCUUAGUCCGCGUACUUGCGAUACAGCCCACAUAUUCUACGUCAGAUCACAGCAAACCGAAGCUCACGACAUCGUCAGCAAUAUUCUCAACCCUAGUGUUAUAUCUCCGUAUUUCUUCGAAUUCAUACAUACACUGGGUUGGUCAGUUAAAGUCCAAGAUCAUCCAGGGUGGACAGGACAUAUUUCAACUUCUUGGAAACUAAGUCCGGAUAAAGAGAAUUCAAGUCAGAGUCCUAAGCAAAAGAAUUACGAUGGAAGUAGUCACAUACUCUAUUGGGCUGAUGCUUGUUCAGAAAUAGCUUUUGUUGUUCCCUCGAGCUUGAAACAAACAGAUGCUCAAAUUAAAUUUAACACCAGUAACCUAUCUUCUUGGAGCGAUAAUUCCUGGUCAUCCGAAGACAGAAGUAAACGUACUCAAAGUCUAGAACUAGACAAACAACCAAUACCACCGAAAAGAGGCAACAAACCAAACAUUCAUCCUAACGUCAACACGAAAAUCAUGAUCGUUUGGCUGGAAAGUUUUGAAGAUCACCUAAAUCUACCUAUAGGAGACCUCUUAGAAUGUAUGAAUACUGGUUUAGAGAAGGGAGUUUCUACUAAACCAACUGAUGUUUUAGUUAUAUAUUUACAUUUCCUUACAACAGGGUUAUUAAGGGUCCAUCUACAAGGACCAACAGGUAGAGUGAGUCUUGCCUCUCCUUUGGUGGAUGGUAUGAUUGUUAGUAGGCGAAGUUUAGGUUCUUUAGUAAGACAGACAGCAAUGAACAUGGCUAGAAGAAAACGACUGGAUUCUGACAAUUACCAACCGCCACAUGUUCGCAGAAGACUGAAAAUUCAAGAAAUCGUGCAGAAAUACAAAAGAGAAAUGACAAAACCAGAAUUGCUUACUUACCUUUUUAGCAGUACUUAAACCUUAGUAGCUUUUAACCUACUAAAUUCCUG